CGUGCACAUGCGCACCAACAGCUUUUUUACGUUUACGGGCACUUACGUCGUUGCCGAUUCACAAAACCGAAAUCCGGCCACGCAAAACGAUCUGGUUUUCGUUUCAGUCGCAGUAGCGCUCGUGCCGUUGGCGAUGCGGAUCAGACGGGCUGUUUCAUUGAAUUUGAUCAUCUGUAAAACCGCACGGAGACAAAACUGUCUUUAAUGAGAGCCGCUGCGUUUCUUUGAUUUAAAGAGAAACCGUCUAGUCGUUAAGGGCUUCCAAUGGGGGCAACGAAGAGCAAGCCAAAAGACCAAGGCCAGAGGUCUCUGAGCCUGGAUGGUACCACUGGUAUCGGCUCCUCCGGUGGACACUAUUUAAAUUCUGGCCCUCAGACCCAAACGCCAAAUCGGAGCCCUGCUGUGGGGACCAGCAGGCGGAGCAACACGUACCACACCAACAGUGCAGAACAUCAGCUUUUCGGUGGUGCAGAUCCAACAGCAAGCAUCACAUCACCCAUAAGAGCUGGUGUCACCACGUUUGUUGCACUAUACGACUACGAAUCUCGGACGUCGGCGGAUCUCACGUUUAAGAAGGGCGAGAGGCUGCAGAUCCUCAAUAACACGAGAAAGUACAACUACAGGGAAGGAGACUGGUGGCUAGCGAGCUCUUUGACCACGGGGAAAAGCGGCUACAUCCCGAGCAACUACGUGGCUCCGUCCGACUCCAUCCAAGCUGAAGAGUGGUUCUUUGGUAAAAUAACACGACGUGAUUCGGAGCGUCUGCUGCUGAACAUCCAGAACAGGAGAGGAACCUUCCUGGUGAGGGAAAGUGAGACGACUAAAGGAGCGUACUGUCUCUCUGUGCUGGACUACGACAACACAAAGGGUCUCAACGUCAAGCACUACAAAAUCCGCAAGCUGGACAUCGGAGGCUUUUACAUCACGUCCCGGACGCAGUUCAGCAACCUGCAGCAGCUCGUCCUACACUAUCGCACCCAUGCAGAUGGAUUGUGUCACGUCCUGACGGACAUCUGCCCCAUGCUGAAGCCACAGACUCAGGGACUAGCGCGAGACGCCUGGGAAAUUCCGCGCGAGUCUCUGCGUCUCGACCUUAAACUGGGCCAGGGCUGCUUUGGGGAAGUGUGGAUGGGUACGUGGAACGGCACCACGAGAGUGGCCAUAAAGACGCUGAAGCCGGGCACCAUGUCCCCCGAGGCCUUCCUGGAGGAGGCUCAGGUCAUGAAGAAACUGCGGCAUGAGAAACUGGUGCAGCUUUACGCCGUAGUCUCUGAGGAGCCCAUCUACAUCGUUACAGAGUACAUGAGCCAAGGAAGCCUGCUAGAUUUCCUCAAAGGCGAGAAAGGAAAAUAUUUGCGCCUUCCUCAGCUGGUGGACAUGGCGUCUCAGAUCGCUGCCGGUAUGGCCUACGUGGAGAGGAUGAAUUACGUACAUAGAGAUUUACGAGCCGCGAACAUCCUGGUUGGAGACAGUCUGGUGUGUAAAGUGGCAGAUUUUGGCCUGGCGAGACUCAUCGAGGAUAACGAGUACACCGCCAGACAGGGUGCGAAGUUCCCCAUCAAGUGGACGGCUCCUGAGGCCGCGCUGUACGGACGCUUCACCAUCAAAUCAGACGUCUGGUCUUUCGGCGUUUUACUGACGGAGUUGGCCACCAAAGGACGAGUUCCGUAUCCAGGUAUGGUGAACAGGGAGGUGCUGGACCAGGUGGAACGAGGCUAUCGGAUGCCGUGUCCGACGGAAUGCCCGGCGUCCAUGCACGAGCUCAUGCUGAACUGCUGGCGUAAAGAACCAGAGGAACGGCCGACGUUCGAGUAUCUGCAGGGUUUCCUGGAGGACUAUUUCACCUCCACUGAGCCGCAGUACCAACCAGGAGAAAACCUCUAGGGCUUCCUGCACUACCUCUGGGAGAGCGGACACUGCUGGUAUGUUCUUCCUCACAAACGUGUGUCCGUGAUGAAAGAAGUGGAGUUUACAGCCCAGGUGACACGCUAUUGGCUACGAAUACGAGGAAUGCAUGCUUUAAAAAAAAAAGUCUGAUCAACAUGGUGGAUGAACAGCAGCAGCAACGCCACAACGGUACGAAUGGACGCCGCUCUAGACUUUGCUAAAUCCCAGUUUUGUCCAGUUGCACGUUUUUCCAUCCAGCAGAAUACUGCCGCACGCCGCUAGGUGUCUACCAGCCUUUCUUCCUUUUCUUUUUUUGUCCAUUUUGUUUCUUCUCAUCUUCUCAUGCGAGAGCAGAAAGAUAGAGCGUCGAUUAGCACAUUAUUAUCUGUCGGAUAUUUUAUGGUACUCUUUAAUCAAAGGGCUGCUAUUGAACUCUCAUCCUUAUAAUGAACAAAUUGUCCAGACUGUAAGUCACUCAGACGUAUAAAACUCGUCCCUUUAAAUAAAAGGUGUUUAAACGUCACAUUAAUAGUACCAGCUAGUUUUAUUUAUUGAACAUGUAGAGAUUAAAACCAUGCAGACAUUCGUUACGUUCCUGUCUCUUAAAGAUCUCCAACAUUUGGUUCUCAUGCAUCACUAAUUUAUCCAAUCGCUUGAGUUUCAUCGUAAUAAUUUAGUUCACAGUUUCCUCCAGUCCACUAGUCCACUGUCACUUAUUUAUUUAAUUUUAUUGGAUAUGAAAUAUAGGAAAUAUGGGAUGAACUAAUAUAAGACAAGGAGAAAUGUUUGUUAAGUUAGAAGACGCUUGUGCAAUUUAUUUUAAUUUAGUUCUAUAAACUCAGUUGAUCUGAUCCAGUGAGGAAGACGAUGCAGUGAGGAAGACGAGAUGGUGUUUGAUAUCCUUCCUCCUCUAGAACGUAUCAUGUGUUUUAAACAAUAACGCUAAUGGAACUCAAUUCAGAUGUUUACAUAAACUCGUGCCAUUGCGUUUUACUUGGGAAUCAUGAUUCAUUUGAAGAUUCGACUCUUUAAACGAAUCGGUUUUAUUUUGUUUUUGUGUGGUUUAUCGGCCGAGACGGCGUCUGUAAAUAUUGUGCCAUAUGAGACCAUGUGCUACGAUGCGACUAAAACUUUAUAAACCAGAUGUUCAAAUCAACCAAUAACCAACGAUUCACUUCGGUAUGAUUCAGAGUUGGUUCAGUGGGAUUCAGUAUUGUGUAGUAAACAGUUUUUUUUUUGUUUGUUUUUUUCUCUCAAGCGGGAGACCACGGCCUCUUUUAAUGUGAUGAACAGGUAUAGAUGCCACGCCCCAUUUCAAUAGCCCUUCUGUUUAUACAGGCCACGCCCCAUUUGUGUCUCUUGGCUGUACAGAGGCCACGCCUCCUUCAAUAACUCUUGGGAGGUAAAGAGGCCACACCUCCAAGCAGUGCUAAAGAAUUGGACAUGGAGUAGAAACAGAACCACACGUGAUGUCUGAUUCAACCACCACAGAGGUUUUACUAAAGAGUCGCCGUUAAUCAUUUAGACUAAAUCUGUGGAAGCUCUGAUUCACCAGUUAGAGUCUUUACGGCUUUAACGUUUAUCUGAUUAUGAGACGAUCGGCAUCCUGCAAGGUCAGAACAUCAGCGCCAUGCAGCUUUCAGUGUACACAGCAGGUCUGAGCUGAUUAACAUUCAUAUGAAUCGUUUUCAACUCAUUCAGUAAUCGUUUGUGAAUCAUUUUCUAAAGAACAGCUUUGAAGAUUCAUCUGUCACCUUCCUGUAAUCCAGGUCAGAUCAUUGGCAUCAGGAGCGUUUACAGGACGUUUACUGUGUCAGAGCGAAAGGGUCUGAAAGUGGUUUCGCGCUCAACUCGUUCUCGCUCUCUAUCGGAGAUAAAAGCAGCUCAGCUUCUCAGAUCAACACCCGACGUUUAUGAAUCACGUGUUCAGGAAAAUCCGAGUCCUGAAUCUUCUGGAGUUCUCCACAAAGGAACAUCAGGUCCUUCAUAUAGUUUAAGUAAUAAAACUGCUUUCUCACACACACACACACACACACACACACUGAAAAACCAGCUCAAGUCUGAGCGAAUAACUGAAGCUAGAGUCAGAACGCAGAGUCUUAACGAUUUCGGCUUUUGAACAAUUUUUGUGCAAAAUUUCUUUGGAAAGAAAAGUAAUUCUCGUUAAUAUUUCAAAUGUUUCAGUAAUAAAGUAAUUUAACUACGACAUCCUGCUCGUUAUUUUGUGUCUCGAGGCUAAAAUUUCAUCUGUAAUUUCCGGAUCGUUUUCUAGUGAAAUGUUUCUCAGUAAUUAAAUAAUAAACAGAAUUGUGGCGACUUUG